GCAACACCUUUCCUCUCCGCUAACCUCACUUCAGCUUUUUUUUUUGUGGGGUCCUUUUUUUUCUUUCUCCAAGCCAUUGUAACUGGAAAAAAAAAGGCAGAGAAAAUGGAGAUUGCUGGAAUAGUGAUGAUGUCAUUGAGUCUUAUGAUGAUGCUGAUGUGGAAGAGUGUGGAUGGUUACGGUGGUUGGGUCAAUGCUCGAGCCACAUUCUAUGGAGGUGCUGAUGCUUCCGGUACCAUGGGAGGCGCGUGCGGAUACGGGAACUUAUAUAGUCAAGGAUACGGCACAAACACGGCAGCUCUAAGUACGGCUUUAUUCAACGGUGGCCAAACCUGCGGCGCUUGUUUUCAGAUAAAAUGCGUAAACGACCCAAAAUGGUGUCUUGGAGGAACAAUCACCGUCACCGGAACAAACUUUUGUCCACCAAACUUUGCUCAGGCCAACAACGCCGGAGGUUGGUGUAACCCUCCCCAACAUCACUUCGAUUUGGCUCAGCCCAUCUUCCUCCGUAUCGCUAAAUACAAAGCCGGCGUCGUCCCCGUUCAAUACCGGAGAGUGGCUUGCCGAAGAAAAGGAGGAAUAAGAUUCACCAUCAACGGUCACUCGUACUUCAACCUCGUACUCGUAACUAACGUAGCCGGCGCCGGAGAUGUUAUCUCCGUCUCCGUUAAAGGAACCAAAACAGGAUGGCAAAGCAUGUCGAGAAACUGGGGACAGAACUGGCAAAGCAACGCGAACCUUGAUGGUCAAGCUCUCUCGUUCAAAGUAACAACUAGUGAUGGCCGUACAGUUGUAUCUAACAAUGCUACUCCACGUAACUGGAACUUCGGACAGACUUACACCGGAAGACAGUUCCGGGCUCCGAGGUGAUGACGUGGACUAUAUGGAGGACAAAAAAAACAAAAGUUUUUACUUAUUUACUGAUAUUGGAGUUUUCUAGAGUUUGCAUAGUUUGAGAAAAAAAGUUUCAGGAAUUUAUCUGAUUAACCCUAAUCAAAAAAUAACCAAUUUCUGAAUGGCGGAAGGUAUUUUUUUUCACCGGUAGCUUUUGUAAUUCGCCGGUGAGACUGUGGUGAACAGAAAGAAAGAAAAAAAAAAGCUUUGUGUUUUCACCCGCCGCCUGAGUAAUUGAGUUUUCUUUUCUUCUUUUUUGUAUUUUGUUUUUCUUUUUUUCUUUUAAGAGAUGUGCAAUGGUCUACUGAAA